CUUUCCAGUCUCCCUGCUCCUUCGCCGGCUGUCGCAGGCGCCACGACACGGCGCAAUUCAUGUCCUCCCGACCUCAACUGCUUUCAAUCUCAGAACCUGCCGCCGUGGUAGGCCCAUUCUCGCCAUGGACCUGAUUCGAAGGGCCACAAAGGUGGCUCCCAGCAAACCUCCGCUACAGCUUCCCCUCGAUGAGAAGAGGGGCUCUAAACACAAGACCCUCGACUCCCGUUUGGCCUUUUUUCGCCGGCCGCUGCGGUUAAGGGGGAACUCUACCAUUUCUGUGCCUCUGGGCGUUGUAAUUUUCUUUCCUAUGCUUGUUUUAAUCCUCAUCUUUAUUCUCUUCGUCAGUCAUCCCAGCUCACCCGGGAGAUUCCUGAUACCAGGGGGUGCUGCCCCAGCUAUGCGCAAAAUCAGCGAAAAGUACGACAAGGUGUUUCUCGAGGGCUGCGCUCAGCCCGACACCAGCCAGCCCCGAGCGAACGCUGCCUUUGUGAUCCUCGCUCGAAACAAGGAGAUCGACGGCGUUGUACAAUCCAUCAAGUCGGUCGAGAGGCACUUCAACAGAUGGUAUCACUAUCCAUACGUUUUCCUCAACGAUGGCGACUUUGACGACAAUUUCAAGGAGGCCGUUAGAAAUUAUACUUCAGGGGAGGUCGAGUUCGGCAAGGUCGGACCAGACAUGUGGGGGUUCCCUGACUGGCUGGACCCCAAGGUUGCGACAGAAGGCAUUGCCAAGCAAGGCGACGCAGCCGUCAUGUACGGAGGUCUUGAGAGCUACCACAAGAUGUGCAGAUUCUACUCUGGCUUCUUCUUUAACCACCCUCUAUUGCUCAAGUACGAGUGGUAUUGGCGUGUUGAGCCAGAGAUCAGUUACUUUUGCGACAUCACAUACGAUCCUUUCCUCAAAAUGAUCGAAAACAACAAGACCUACGGCUUCACCAUUGCCGUCAAGGAACUCCGCGAGACCGUCCCCAACAUCUUCCGAUAUGCCUCCGCCUACAAGCGAUUGAACAAUCUUAAGUCCAAGGGUCUAUGGGAAAUGUUUGUUGAGCCACCGGAUGAGGAUGAGGACGCUCCUCAGGACAGCGAUACUCCAGUAGCAGACAAGAGCUUGUGGGAAUCGUUUACCAAAAAGAAGGAGCCCUUCGUGGAUCCCGAGUCAAUGGAGGGGGAGAAGUACAACAUGUGCCACUUCUGGUCCAAUUUUGAGAUUGCCAAGCUCAGCUGGUUCCGCAGCAAGGAGUAUCAGGAUUUCUUCCAAAUGAUGGACCGGAGUGGCGGUUUCUGGAUGGAACGAUGGGGCGAUGCUCCUAUCCAUUCCCUUGCCGCUGGCGCAUUGCUCGGUCCUCAAGAUAUCCACUACUUCCGAGACUUUGGAUACCGACAUACAACAAUCCAGCACUGUCCUGCGAAUGCGCCGGGUAAGCAGCUCGCGCGAGAACCUUAUCUGGAGAAGACGACAUUCCCCGAGCGAAAACGAAUCGAGGAGGACGACUACUGGGAGCAUUGGGAUGACGUACAAGAAGGUGGUAUUGGCUGCCGGUGCAGAUGCGACACAGACGUUGUCGACGUGGAGGGCAAGGAAGGAUCUUGUCUGGCUGAAUGGGUCGACGUUGCGGGAGGUUGGGCUCAUCCAUAUUGAGUAACCAACCGUUUAAUGCCAGCAGCGAGCCGAGACCUUCCACCAGAACCUCCUCAAUUAAUGUGGAGGAGCCGGAUACCAACAGACACCAACGCUCCGAAGAGCAUGAGCGAGGUUGUUGGGCAUAAUAAGACGAUAAUCGCACAAGGUCAGGGCCAGGAUAAAAAGAGGAGUGGCGUUUUGUUUUACGGCGAUGGCCUAGACCUAUUUUUUCGUCUUUUCGACCGCGGGUCUCGUUCAGGAUAGUGGUCGAAUUUGCACUACAGGAUACGGCACACGCAUUGCAGGAAUCUUGUUACAGAUGAUGGUUGGGUGCCGUUAUUGAUCUGAUAGAUUUCGGGCUGCAUUUUGGUACUCGGAAGCGAGGUGAAAGAGUACACUACAUUGGGUGUUAAUGAUACAUGGGACUGAGCGAUCACUCAAUCCUGCAAAUAACGGCCGUUUGGAAGCAGUGCUUUACUUAAUACUUGUGUUGAUGGCU